AUAAGAAUUAGUUUGUUUCCUCCAAUUUCCUCUCUCUCGCUAUAAGCCAACAGCCGAGGCCCGCUUCAGCUGCUCGCUCUGCUGGAGAAAGCGUUUUUUCGAUUUGGUUUCUUCCGUGUUUUUUUUUACGACGGAUCGAGGAUGUGCGGAGGAGCGAUCCUUUCCGGCUUCAUUUCAGAUGCGAGAUCCCGGCGCGUGACCAACGCCGACCUCCUGUGGCCGAAUCGGAGCACGAUCCAGUAUAAGAAUGGGAAGAGCGGACGUCGCCUGGCGGCCGAGGAGACAGAAGAGGACUUCGAGGUCGACUUCCAGGAGUUCGAGGAGGAGUUGGAGGAAGACGACGAGGUCGACGUCGCCGAGGUGAAGAGCUUUGCUUCUCCAUCCAAAGAUGCACAAAUUAAUCUGAGUCCUAUGAAGUUUGAUGGACCUGCUACCAGGUCUUCUAAAAGGAAGAGAAAGAACCUAUACAGAGGAAUCCGUCAACGUCCUUGGGGAAAAUGGGCAGCUGAAAUUAGAGACCCUCGUAAGGGUGUUCGUGUUUGGCUUGGGACAUUCAACACUGCUGAAGAAGCUGCAAGAGCCUAUGAUGUGGAAGCUCGUAGAAUCCGUGGUAAGAAAGCCAAGGUGAACUUCCCUAAUGAGGCACCAACAACUGCUCAAAAGAUUUUCAUAAAUCCAAAAAAUGCACCAAAAGCAAGCCCACAAGCAACCUUCAGCUAUUGCAAUUCUUUCACUUACUCAAAAGAUGUCGAUGAAGAUUUCUCUUCAGUUUUGGAUAUGUUUGAGUUGAAGUAUCCCAUGAACCAAUCUAAGAAUCUCAACUCCAAUGCUAUAAAAUUAGCUCCACCUACUCAAGGACCAGGGAUGUAUAUGUACCAUGAUCAAGCUAGUGAGUCCUUUGAUGGUUCUAUAUAUGGUUGGGAAAAUGAAGUAAAACCCCUGCAAUUGGCAACAAUGCCCGAUCCCGCUAAUACUCAAUCUGAAAAUUUUGCAAGUCUUGAAGAUGGUGGUGCAACAAAAAAACUGAAGAAUAAUUCUGGAGAAGCAGUGCCUGCUGAACAGGACGAUGCUCUCAAACUCCCUGAAGAGUUAUCUUUUGAGUCAAUCAUGAAAUUCCUGGAGAUGCCUUAUUUGGAGAGCAGUUCGGAUGAGUCAAUUGACAGCUUCUUGAAUUCCAAUGUAACUCUGGAUGAAGGCGGAUCGAAUCUAUGGAACUUCGAUGACUUACCUGCGAUAGCAGGUAGUAUUUACUGAGGGACCUUGAAGUAAUAGCAAAUGAUCUGUAAAUAAGGAACUAGUAUUGGACGAGGAUAUGGUGAACCAGCCUAAAGUUCCUCUUUUCUCUGCUAGUAUGCUGUAGGUAUUAUUAUACCUAGUUUAUGUUCUGUUACCAUGUGAAGUGUUUCUGUUUAAUGGUGGAUUUCCAAUGUUGUAUUGUGGCUAAACACAUUUUUUUAGUACUUUGCAUGUGUGUUACCUGCUCUUACGUGCCAAAGAUGCUGUGCAUAGUAUUGUUCUUAA